CUCCCACUCUAGUGACUCGGAAAGAAUGGAAAAAGUACGAGCCAAGAACAAAAACUUUUUAGCUUGGGCGGCUGGAAUCACUGUGGGCGUUUUUGGACUGACAUAUGGAACUGUACCACUUUAUCGAAUGUUUUGUCAGGUGACAGGUUUCGGUGGAACAACGAAAGAAGACACCGGAGGUUUUCUAGGUUUUAAGACUCCAACACAAAAAACCAAAUUGGUUCCUACUGAGAGACCGCUUACAAUAUAUUUUACUGCAGACGUCAACUCUGAUCUUCCUUGGACUUUUGUUCCAGAACAAAGAGAAGUAAAAGUGUUUCCAGGAGAAACAGCGUUGGCUUUCUAUAGAGCUGAAAAUAAGUCGAACGAAGAUAUCUUGGGUAUUGCUACUUACAACGUUCAACCACCCAAGGCUGGGAUUUAUUUCAACAAAAUCCAGUGCUUUUGCUUUGAAGAACAGCGUUUAAAGGCAAAGGAAGUGAUUGAAAUGCCUGUUUUCUUUUUCAUCGAUCCUGAGUUUGUAAAAGAUUCGAAGAUGAAUGACGUGUCUGAUAUAUCUCUAUCAUAUACAUUCUUUCCCUCGGAAGAUGUUAGUGAUGAAAUGCUACAAAAGAUGGGAUGGUAUAGAGAUGAAAAUAAUCAAAUUAUAAAUAAGGAAUCGCCAGCAGUCUAUCCAGUUCAGGCUGCUUCAAGACCGUCAUGAACAAAACUUGUGUUACCAAAAGGAAAUAGAAGAAUAGCUGGUAUGAUUAUUUUAUUCUGUACAGAUGUUGCUUCACAAUAACUUACAAAGUCACAUUGAAAGAAGAUGUAGUUUUGUCGUCUUGGAAAACUAAAGUCCAACAUCUCAAUCUUUUUUUUGAG